CGGGGGGGCUGCCCUGGGAAGUUGGGGCCAGGCGCGCCGGGUAUGCGCCAUCACCAUGUCCCGCCUGGGCUGGUGGCUCGGUGAGGUCCAGUGGCUGCUCUUGGUGUCGCUCUUCGUCGUGGCCCUGGGCACGGUGGGCCUGUACCUGGCGCAGUGGGCGCUGGCCAGGGCGCGACCCCGGCCCCCGCGGCGGGCUGCCGAGCCUGGCGAGGGCCGGCGCCCCGAGUCGGACGCGCUGCUCGCCUGGAUCCUGACGCUGAACAGCUGGAGGAACCAGUGGCAGGCCGCCUGGGUGACCGCCCUGAACGAUGAGGCCGAACGGAAAGGGGGCCCGCUGCUCCUGUCCUUCGAGGAGGACCCGCUGUGGCAGCCCCUGGGGCUGGAGGUGCACCGGGUCUCCAGCGUGGCCAGGUCAGCCCAGGAGAAGGUGGUGUCCUGUCACGUGGUGGGGGAGGCCAUGCAGUUCCUGGUCAGUGCGGGGCCCGCAUCCCCGGGAGACACGGGGCGCCAGCUGUACGGUGUCAAGCUGUCCCCAGUUCAUUUACAGCUGGAGCUCCACAUGAAGGACAAGAGAGACGACAUCCAGAUCAAGUGGUCCUUCGUCAGCACUCCAGAAACGGCCGUUACCGUCCAGCCCAAAGCACCGGUGGAGGAGCGGGCGGCUGAGACGAAAGCAGUGUCUGAAACCCUCAAGGAUAUCUUGAAGCACCUGGUUGGUUCUGCCUCGCCGUCGGUGGUUCUGAGGACCAAGCCUGUGGAUGUGAGGGAAGUUCAGAACCUGCAGCACACCGCACCCGGCCCUCAGGAAUCCUGCCCUCCCAAACCUCCAAGGGCCCACGAACUCAAGCUGUCGGUGAAUAACGUCCGGGCCUCGCUGCUGCACGAUCCUGGUGCUUCAGGCUACGUGAACCCACAGUGUGUAGUUCGGCUGAAUGAUCCCAUUCAGAAGUUCAGUGCCCUCGCGAAAAACGCUACGGACCUCACCUGGGAAGAAGAAUUCACCUUCGAGUUGAAUGCCAAGUCGAAGGAGCUGUACUUGGAGAUUUCAGAGGAAGAACAGUCAUCAGGAGCUCUGUCGGCGGUGACGACCAUUCCCUUAGAUUUAUUCAAGAAGCAGCCUUCGGGGCCACAGAGCUUUACGCUGACCAGCGGCCCCUCCUUCGGCAGCUCGGUGCUGGGUUCGGUCACCGCAGAGUUCUCUUACGUAGAGCCCGGCGAAGCGAAACCCUGGCAGACCGCUCCGCCCGCUCCUGCUGCGAAGGUGGAAAAAGACCGCAUGGUGAUGCCCUGUGGGACCGUGGUCACUACUGUCACUGCCGUGAAAACCAAGCCGCGUGUCGACACGGGGAGGGCGUCCCCGCUGAGCUCGGAGUCUCCCCUGAAGACACCUGUCAAGGUGAAGGUCAUUGAGAAGGACAUCUCUGUCCAAGCCGUCUCCUGUCACGGCGCCCCCGUCAGUAAGACGUUCUCUUCUUCGGACACAGAGCUCCUGGUUCUGAAUGGCUCGGACCCCGUGGCAGAAGUCGCCAUCCGCCAGCUCAGCGAGUCUUCGAAGCUGAGGGUCAAGUCUCCGCGGAAGAAAAGCACCAUCAUCAUAUCAGGGAUCUCCAAGACCUCGCUAUCUCAGGACAAUGCCGCCGCCCUCAUGCUGGACUACGUGGCCUCCGUGGACGGCACCCCCCAGGAGGACCCCCCGUCCCUUCCGGGGGCGGCCGCCGUCUCUGCCCCGCAGGAGGAAGAGGCCCCAGCCCCGGCCCCGCCGGCCCCGGAGCCCCAGGAGCGUGAGCUAGGCUCCUGGGACUUGGACCAGGAGUCACAGGCCCCGGCGUGGGACAGCCAGGCCCCGCUGGACCCCGAUGGGGACGAGCUGUCGGAGAGCUCCCUGAGUGUCUCAGAGCCGGAUGCUGCCAAGAAGCGUAAAGGAGGGAUUUUAAGGAAGGGCGCCAAGCUGUUCUUCCGCCGGCGACACCAACAGAAGGACCCUGGCAUGAGCCAGUCGCACAACGACCUCGUGUUCCUGCAGCAGCCGGAGGGGGCCCGGAGGAAGGGGGCGACGCUCACCAGGAUCCUCAACAAGAAGCUCCUCUCCAGGCACAGAAGCAAGAACGCCAUGAACGGGGCCCCGGCGGACCCCGCGGCCGGCGGCCUCCCCCACCAGGACGCGGGAAGACGCGUGCCCCCCUAAGCACCCCCGGGACGCAGCGAGAGAGCCGCAAGCUGUCAGCCGGCCGCCCCGUCCGGCCGGGUCGUCCUGCCAUCCUGUAAAGGGGGACGAAGAUCCGCUCUCCAGCCAGGAGGCUUUCCCCAGAGAAAACCCCCCAAGUCAGAUGCCAAAGGGCUGCGCUCGGGUCGAAGGGCUGAAGUCAAACGUUAGGAGACUUGCUUAACGGACUGGAGAACCUCCCAUAAUGGAUGGUGACGGGGCCGGUGAGGGGGACUCUGCCUCACCCACUCUGUGCUCCGACGCAUGUUAUCUUGGGUCCGUGCCCGGACCGCGUCGCAAAGAGGAGGUGCCCCUCUGUGCUGUCACUGUGACUGGGACGGAUGGGUCACCUGUCCCGACUGGCUGCUCAGAGUGACACAGUGCGGCUGGCCCCGAGUGCGGACAGGUGGGAUGGAGGCGGGAUUGGGGGUCAGUAGAGACAUCGUGGUGGUGAUGGAGACACUGUGACAAAGGUAGGAGCAUAGUUGCCUUUGAUAUUGGCCAUAUAACUUGAAAAGUAUGCAAACACUAGAUCUCUCCUGUGCACUCUUGUGUUUCCUUCGCAAAUGGGAGGCCUGUGAGUUCCCACGUGGUCUUGCCAGUCUCCUCUGUGGUUUCAGAAGCGCUCAGGAUUCCCAUGGGGCCGUCAACUCCUGGCUUUUUUUCCCACUGCCCUGCUGGGGUACUUGCCACAAGGGAGUGCAGGGAGGGGCCUCUGGAAUGAAGUCGGGGCAGUAAGUGACCGCUUACGGAACCCGGUGACCGCCCACACCGGGUUUUUUUUUUUCUUUAGUCCAAGGUUAGUUUGCCAAAUGUUGCCAAUAGCUGAAACAAAGUACUUCUGGGACAAAAGAGAAAAAUCAUUCUAGGUCUCAGGUGCGAGGCUUAGGGAUGGAAGUUAAGUUGAAUAGUAACAAAUGGGCCAAACUUGCCUCGCAUGCUUCCGGGAGCUCUCCAGAAUUCUGUGAACAGUGCUUGACGCGUGCUGGAGGGGACGCACGCCUGCUUUGAUUUCCAGUGGGAAGAAAAGAUCAGCGUGGCCCACGGUGUCCGUAUCCCCGUGUGCCCUUCAGACCACGUUCCUCGCGCGUGCGUCUGUCCACGGGCCUGCACGCUGGCCGGUGCCUCCGGAAUGCAUGCUUCGCAGGGACGAGCUUGUUAGGGCCGUGGUCAUCUGUGUGGAAGGCUUUGAUGGUUCAGUAAGAUUCACUUUGUUCCAAUAAGAUUUAAAAGGCCAUUUAUGGAGCCUUGACUUCUGUCACAGGUAGGAAAUUGGGGGGACUCCUUCCUACAAACAUUUUUGUUUCUCCUGACGCUGGUAUUUCAGGUGUAAGAGAGCUACUGACACACAGAAACCUCUUCGAAAACCAAAAUUAUAGAACUUUUCCCCCCCCUUUUUCUCGAGGGAGAGAGAUUAGAAGACUACGUUAAGAAUUUUACUUAAAAAUACAUAUUUAAACAUUUUUUUCCGUGUCCCAGGAAUUAAUCAAGUGACUGUAAAAUGGCUUUCUUCACCAUAUGCUGUUUUUAAAGACCAUGUUCCGGUCCUCGGUUUUCUGUCUGAUUUUGCAGUUCAGAUCAACUCCAUGCCACGCGAUGGUCUCCGAGCUUUACACGGGAGCUUUCUCGCUCAAAACAAGAAAAUGUCCCAUUCCUCGCUGACCCCACGAGGAUUUUGUUCACCGUUUUAACUUUUAAGGGCUCUGCGUUUUCCACUUCCUGGUGACUUGAAGCCCCUCCCGGGUCGCGGGCAAGUGACAGGCGGGCUGCUUCUGUCCCGUGUGUGAAGCGGGACCGUCACACAAAAGGGGGAGCGUGGCGUCCAGGAGAUCCGUGUGUCCGUGUGUCCGUCCGGCACACAAGAGCCCCGUAUACUUGAUCAAGGCCCAGAAGCCCCUCCUCAAGACGCACUCACCGUCUUCUCCAGACGAGGGCCCUUCCUGAAGUCGCAGAGGACAGGGACUUAGCAGGGAGUUUAAGAGAAAAUAGGGGGCGGGAGCGUGCGUGAGGGUCGCGCGGUGGGAAAACGGGUCCUGUGGACGCUUCUUCCGUGGCUGCUUAUCCAGGCCUGCGCUUUCCCGCGUAGGGAUUCAUGCGAACGCGAACACUGAACUUAAACACCGAUUAAGGUCACACACCGAGGACUACACAUACGAGUUUGUAAAGCCUUCCUCCCUUCCCUUGUGCGCUAGCGGCUGGAGGACUUUUGUGUUGGCCUCCGGGCUGUUUUGCAGACUGGCGUGUCCAAAGCGGUUUCUUCCGGACGCUAAGGUCUGAGUGGGGCACCUGUACGUCAGGAACGGGGUGCUCACGUUGGUUCUGGCACUGCCGGUUUGGGGCUGUGCCCGUGACCUUUGCAGAGGCACGCAGGGAAGCCUCGCGCGCGUAUGAUUAGCGCAGCGAGACCAGAAGCAGCGAUCUCACUGUCCCGGCUGAAAACCUGCUGUGAAGAAGGAGGUUUGGACAGAGCACUUUACAUAAACCAACCCUCCAGUUUAAGUUGGAGACCAGCCCUUGAUUCCUGCUGGUGGCUACCUGGCCAGUCGCUGCCUGUCUAGAUUUCUGAUGGGUUUUGCCGGAGAGGCCUGGCACAUUCUCUUCUGGAGCAGAAAGGGACAGAUUAACUUCUGUCGCUGCCACCAGCUGGGGGGGGGGGGGGGGGGGGUUCCGCAUAAUAGUCUCGCAUGUCACAGUCUCGAAGCCUCGCGGCACAAGCCGGCAGUCGCCGCAAGUCGGAACGUUUCUGCCGGGUGGGAAACGGGUCUCGCGCUGGUGUAGACCCGGAUGCCAGGCCCCCGUCUCCACUGUCCCAAACCUGCUCAGGCCUGAUUACCAAAGCAUGUGGCACGGGCACACUCACACUGCCACUUCCUGCAGAGCACUCAGGUUCCCUCCGGGUCCCUUUCUUCAGCACUCCCGUUGGAUGCGUGAGGAGGCGUCCGGAAUGCGCCCCCCUGCCCAGGAACGUACCGUUUGUGAUUUAGGCUUGUGGUGUUUCACCCCAGUGUCCCAUCAAAGCUAGAUUUUUCUUUUAAAACAAGAAAACGCAUGGUUUUCCAGGCACGUGGCCGGGUCUGGCUUGAUGAUCGAGCGUGGUGAUGGUUCUGCCCGACGGCGAUCGUAUUCCGCAGUAGCACUUUAAAAACACGUCACUGGGGCACCUGGGUGGCUCAGUUGGUUAAGCGGCCGACUUCGGCUCAGGUCAUGAUCUCGCGGUCCGUGAGUUUGAGCCCCGCGUCAGGCUCUGGGCUGACGGCUCAGAGCCUGGACCUGCUUCAGAUUCUGUGUCUCCCUCUCUCUGACCCUCCCCCGUUCAUGCUCUGUCUCUCUCUGUCUCAAAAAUAAACGUUAAAAAAAAAAAAAAUUAAAAAAAAAAACAAAACACGUCACUGUCCUGCACCAAACCGCGGAAGGUGUGGCUGGAACACGAACGGUCUUUGAGAGAAAUAAACGUGCACAUGGAACACUAA